GAUGAUGUCAUUUUACGUAAUUUAUACGUUUUACGAAAAUUUGUAUUUUCGUGCACGUGGGUUCAAAACAGUACUACUAGCGCUAUUUAUCGGUAAACUACAGAACUAUCGAAAUAAAAAUCUUAUGUUUUUAUGUAGGCACGUGUUCGCUUCGAGUAUUUUGCGCAGAAAUGCCGGAUCUGCACUUGACAGAUGAAAACAACAAGUCAAAUCGUAACAAAACAUUUUAAAUUAGUACCACCUUUAAUGUGAUUAACUUCUGGUACAAAAAAUUAUAAAAAUAUUCUAUCUUUUUUAUAAUAAUUUGCAUCAUUUUAAUCUUUACAUUUAUACUAAAGUGUAAAAAUGUUAACCUAAAAACUAACCUAUUGUAUACACCUUUCUCUAUCAAAACCUCACAAGGUUUAUUCUGUAGAUCUUGGAAAAUCUAGUUUUGUGGAAUUUAUACAUAAAGAGUUAAUUUUAUUCAAUUUUUAAUACACAAGUUGAACAAUAAAGAGAAAACAAAAUGAGAUAUGCUCAACUUGUAAUGGGACCUGCUGGUAGUGGAAAGUCUACAUACUGUUCUGCUAUGCAACAGCAGGCAGCUGAUGAAAGAAAAGUAAUAGAGGUCGUGAAUUUAGAUCCAGCAGCAGAAUAUUUUGAUUAUGAACCUUUAGUUGAUAUAAGAGAAUUAAUUCAGUUGGAUGAUGCCAUGGAAGAUGAUGAAUUACGGUUUGGACCUAAUGGUGGUCUUGUGUUUUGUAUGGAAUAUUUAAUAGAAAACUCAUCAUGGUUGGAAGAAAAACUAGGGGAUGUUGAUGAUGACUAUAUUAUUUUUGAUUGUCCAGGGCAAAUAGAAUUGUAUACACAUAUGACAGUCAUUCGUCAGUUAAUAACAAUGUUACAGAAACUCAAUUUUCGUAUUUGUGGAAUUUUUUUAGUAGAUAGUCAAUUUAUGGUUGACGGAUCAAAGUUUUUAUCAGGCACAAUGGCUGCACUUAGUGUAAUGAUUAAUUUAGAAUUACCACAUGUUAACAUUCUUAGUAAAAUGGAUUUAUUAUCAAAAAGUGCAAGAAAGCAACUAGAUAAAUAUUUAGAACCUGAUCCACAUAGUUUAUUGGCAGAUAUGGAAAAAGAUUCUUGGAAUGAAAAAUAUAGGAAUCUUAGUGAAGCUAUAGGAAGACUCAUAGAAGAUUACAGUUUAGUUCGUUUCUAUCCAUUAAAUAUAAAAGAUGAAGAAAGUAUGGCAGAUAUUAAAUUAACAAUUGAUAAUAUAAUUCAAUAUGGGGAAGAUGAAGAUGUUAAAAUUAGAGACUUUGAUGAACCCACUGAAGAUGAUGAUAAUGAUGUAAAUUAUGAUACGAAUACGUGAAAAUAAUUUUAGUAAAUAAAGUAUUUUUUCUACAAAUU